AGUUUCCUCAUCUGUAAAAUGAGAAGAAUCCCAUGGUUAAUAUACCUACAAGCCUUCAAACAGGAUCAUGGCUCAUGUGGGCAAUGCCAUUCCUGCUGCAGCUGUUGCCUAUUCCUGGCACACAGUAGGUCCACAGACAGCUGAACCACUCUGGCCACUGAGGGCUCUUUCUAUUGUGUGUCCAAGAUUCUGCCUGGAUCACUGUACUCUGGCCUUGCCUUCUGACGCUGAUAUGGAUGGACCUGACAGCAGGAUGCCACAGCUGAGUCUGUCCUGGCUGGGACUCUGGCAGACUGCAGUCUCCCAGGGGCUGCUACUGCUGCUGCUGGUGGGGGCCUCCUGGCUCCUGGCCCGCGUCCUGGCCUGGAGCCACAGUUUGUAUGAGACCCACUGCCGCCUCCAGUGUUUCCCGCAGCCCCCGAAGCGCAACUGGUUUUGGGGCCACCUGGGUCUGGUCUGCCCCACGGAGCAGGGCUUAAGGGUCUUAAUUCAGAUGGUGGCCACCUACUCCCAGGGGUUUGUGACAUGGCUGGGCCCUACCAUCCCCCUUGUCACUUUGUGCCACCCCGACACAAUCCGGAUUAUCACCAAUGCCUCAGCUGCCAUUGCACCCAAGGAUGUGGUCUUCUACAGCUUCCUGAAGCCCUGGCUGGGGGAUGGACUUCUGCUGAGUGCUGGUGACAAAUGGAGCAGCCAUCGCCGUAUGCUGACACCUGCCUUCCACUUCAACAUCCUGAAGCCCUAUGUGAAGAUUUUCAAUGACAGUAUAAAUGUCAUGCAUGCCAAGUGGAAGCGCUUGGUGUCAGAGGGCAGCACCCGCCUGGACAUGUUUGAACACAUCAGCCUCAUGACCCUGGACAGUCUGCAGAAAUGUGUCUUCAGUUUUGACAGCAAUUGCCAGGAGAAGCCUAGUGAAUAUAUUGCUGCCAUCUUAGAGCUCAGUGCCCUUGUGGCAAAACGGCACCAGCAGAUCUUCGUGCACACGGACUUCCUGUACUACCUCACUCCAGAUGGAAAACGCUUCCGUAGAGCCUGCCGCCUGGUGCACAACUUUACAGAUGCUGUCAUCCAGGAAAGACGCCGCACUCUUCCUGAUGAGGGUGUUGAUGACUUCCUCAAGGCCAAGGCUAAGGCCAAGACUUUGGACUUUAUUGAUAUUCUCUUGCUGACCAAGGACCAAGAUGGAAAAGGAUUGUCAGACGAAGACAUCCGAGCUGAAGCUGACACCUUCAUGUUUGCAGGUCAUGACACCACAGCCAGUGGUCUCUCCUGGGUCCUGUACAACCUUGCGAAGCACCCAGAGUAUCAGGAGCGCUGCCGGCAGGAGGUGCAAGAGCUCCUGAGGGACCGUGAACCUAAGGAGAUUGAAUGGGACGACCUGGCCCAGUUGCCCUUCCUGACCAUGUGCAUCAAGGAGAGUCUGCGGUUACAUCCCCCAGUCACAGUCGUCUCCCGCUGCUGUACCCAGGAUGUGGUGCUCCCAGAUGGCCGCGUCAUCCCCAAAGGUGUUAUCUGCCUCAUUAGUAUUUUCGGGACCCACCACAAUCCAACCGUGUGGACAGACCCUGAGGUAUACAAUCCUUUCCGCUUUGACCCCGAAAACAUCAAGGACAGGCCUUCCCUGGCUUUUAUUCCCUUCUCCGCGGGGCCCAGGAAUUGCAUUGGGCAGACGUUCGCCCUGACCGAGAUGAAGGUUGCCCUGGCGCUGACGCUGCUGCGCUUUCGGGUCCUGCCCGACAAGGAGGAGCCACGCAGGAAGCCGGAGCUCAUCCUGCGCGCCGAGGGAGGACUUUGGCUGCGGGUGGAGCCGCUGAGCGCGGGCCCCCAGUGACCCGCCUGUUCCUGGCUUGGAAUCCUCCCCGACUCUACACACCCCACCUGGAGGAUUCUCAGGACUGGAACUGUGUGGUCUCCUCUGCCCCAGCGACACUGACAGCCAGCAGGGGGCGCUCGGGACCUGCGGGACCGCAGUGGGUGGGUUGGCGAGGCUGGGCGGGGUGAGUGGAGGCUUGGGUGUGAGCACAAGACCCUGACAGCCUUUCCAGCUGGCCACAAUCUCCCAUGCUGAUUGCGGGUCCUCCCAGGCCCAAUAAGGGAUUUUAUCCUGUAGACGAUAGGGAGCCAGGGGAGGUGUUUCAGUGGGAGACUGGCCAGUGUUAAGGACUGACUGAGGGGCAUGAUUGAAGCUCUGGGUCACAGUGGAGAACCCAUAGUGGCCUAGCUCUCUGGCCACUCUGGUCUCUGUUCUUAUCUCAUAUAUCCAAACUUUCACCCCAGAAUCCUUCACUAUGCUUCCACAGUUACUGUGUGUACUUAUACACAACCAAUAUAGAUGCUUUAUCCUG